GCCUGUGCAAGUACUCAACUACUCACUGUCACUACUCAUGUUAUUGUUACAUAUUGUCAACAACACCUAAAAGCAGCAGCAGAAACAGUGGAGGAGAUGCUAUAUAUUUGUAACAUCCAACUACCCCCUCAGAAAGCAUUCUCCACAUAUUAUGGUGUUUAUUUUAAUAGUUGAACAACAUUACUGUAAAUGUAAAAAAUCAAGACCAUUGCUUUAAAACAGUUGUGUGUACAUAAAAUAACGCUUGUUAGUAUAAAUUACUUUGAUGAUAUGAUUGAUUAUGGAGUAGAUGUUAGUAAAGAGCUCCCACUUUGCCACUAUUUCCAAGAUCCACAAAUGUAAUUUUAAAACUUAUGUCGAGUUUACAGUGGAGUUUGCUACAGGUGGCAUAUCAUUACAAAAGACAACCCACCAGUUAUGAAUAUUUAAAAAAAAAAAAAAAACCUAAACAAAGCAAGAGGCUGCUAGAAAAUGUCUAAUAUUUUCAAUCAUAUUUAAUCGUUGCUGGUCAAUGAGUCAUCUGCAUUUGCAUUAACGAUCUUAGAAACUUUGGUGAGGGAAGGGGAGCUAUCGCGGGACAAGGGGCGUGAUUCUCGCGGAAGCAUCGUACUCCUGUUAGAGCGCCGGAGGUAGAGGGUUGUUCUGCACGGUCUCUCAGUUCAGUCAUGCAUGUCGCUUUUGCGUUUGCAGGGACUGCUACCCAAACACAGGAGACUGCAAGAUUACCAAUAAUUUUACUGACUGGCAGAUUGAAGGGUUUUAUUGUCAAAUAAACGAAGCAGAGAAAAAUGUCUCGUUGGAUUUGGUCUCUGCUGCUGCCGCUGCUGCUUCUGCUGUGUCUUCCCUCGAUGUGUGAAGUUGAAGCUCAAGUGGAAAACCGGGUGAUUUUCCUGCCGGGAACAUUCCAGAACGUGAGUAUCUCCCAAAAUGAGACAGUGCAGGCCAUGGUGUCCAGGAUCCCCUCAGAGGUCGCUUACAUCACUAUGCAGUUUCACACGCAGCACCGCAACGCCACUCUUUCGUACACCAGGAUGCCAGGCCUGGGUCUCUCUCUUACAGCAGUGGACUCGGGCCUCCUGUCAGCUCUCCAGCCAGGCCAAAUGUCCCUCUCACUGUUCCUGUCUUCUCCGGAUGGUGACUCUGUGGCAGGCACCGGGGUCAUCCUCCUCUCCUCCAGCACUGACCCAGUCCCUGGAGCUUGUAACAUGGAGUUCAACCUGGACAUCGACCCAAAUGUCUACAUUCACUACAACCUCUAUGAGACUACAAUCCGCUUUGCACCAGCAAACGUAGGAUAUGCAAGAGGUGAAACUCCUCCAGUCUGUGACGAAUCGACAGAAACCAACACCUGCUGGCGGCUGCAAUAUGACAUCUACCAGUACUUCCUGCCUGAGAAUGACCUAUCAGAGCGCAGCCUGUUCAGUGGCUUUCAGGCUGUGGCUGACAUCCAGGGCAUGAUGGAGAAUGGCAAACGCGUCAUGACUUUGUUAUCACCAGAUAUGAGCAUGGCAGUGUUCAACUCCAUCCCCGGCCAGGGAGUCAUUUACUCAGUCAUCGUCAGAGACCCGCUGUUGAACACCUCAGCCUCCUACAUCCCCGUCCACACCUACGCCUGCAGCUUUGCUUCCACUCUGGAUGGCUGUCAAACACUGGGAAAGAUAUCUACAAAAGUUUUUUUCACCAUUGCUGGCUUGGCAGGCCUGUUUGUCUGCUUCUUUGGGCAUCGAUUCUUCAAAUGUGAGUUGUUUUGCAUGGGAUUUAGCUUUGCAGCAUUUUUUUUCUUUGUGCUAAUCACAAGGACCACAGAACUGGAUUAUGACGUCCGUCUGGCUGUGUCGGCAGUGAUCGGCGUGGUGGGCGGAGUCCUCUUGGUGAUGAGCUGGUGGCGUUUCGGGUCUGUCAUGGCCUGCAUCAUUGUGGUCGGCCUGAUGCUUGGCUUCCUCAUCGCCUCCACCAUCCUCUUCACUCCUCUCGGUGACAUUGAUGUGUUCAGGCAUUCAGAUGUAGUUUUCUGGGUGACAUUCUGCUGCAUCAUGAUCAUCGUUCCACUCUUCUUCGUGCGUUGGCCCAGAGAGGGUAACAUCACCACAUGUGGCGUUGUUGGUGCUUAUGCUCUGAUUCUGGCUGUCAAUGCCUACAUUUACACCAGUCUCUCCUACAUCACACUGAAUAUCCUCAAACGCUUCCUCAACAACAACUUCAGUGCAGUGUUCACUGACGUGCCAUUCCAAACCAUUGACUACAUAAUGAUCACCGUGUGGGUGGUGGUCGGCGUCUGUGGUGUCAUUCUGCAGCUUUACCGUGAGCGCUCACGGCCGUUCUUUCCACCCAGCCCAUACCUCAUGUGGCUGCAGGAACGUGAGCGCCGCAAGACCAAUGUCCUGGACCCGAGCCACCACUUCCCUUCACUGCCCAACCGCCUCCUGGCCCGAGCCCGGCAGCUCACCAAGCGCAUGGAGCCAGCAGGAGAACACACACCUCUGCUCCUGUAAACCUUGAACACCUAUGUUGUCUCUGUCUAAGGGCAGAUUGCACAUAUAGUUGGGGUCUGAGCUGAAAGGAAAAAUAUCCCUGUGAUGCACUUGCGGAGGCUCAAACCGCCAAGUUACAUGGAAGUCAGAGAGAUGUUAGUAAUCAAGAUGUUGUUACUAAUGACUGGUGCAGGGAUUAGACCCCAGAUCAACUGACUGAAAGAUAUUCUGUCUAAAUGACAGUGGGAGGGAUUAUAUCACUGACAUUCUUCAAGUGGAUUUUAAUUUUUAAAUCUCCAAAAAAAAACAACGUUUUUCUCCCGAAAACUUACGCCACUUUUUUAAACACUUAAAUGAUAUUUUAGCUUCACGAGAGGAACUGAGGAAUUAAAGAAUUGUCUUCAAAUGUUAAUUUUUAGUAACUAAAAUGUAGUUGUUAAUGCUUCAUGGUGUCUCUCUCUCUGCUCAUCUUACUUUGGGCACUAAAGUCACAAACUAAUAAUGACUUACAUAGGAGGCGUUGUAUUUCUGGAGAGUUGGAUUAAUACUAUGAGCAUUGUUUUUUAGGGUAAAAAAAAAUAUCUACAAUAUACUUUGCAGCCCAGCUAGCAUCUAAAAAAACUGCAUCCACUCAGAAGGUCAUGUUUUUGUAGUUUGGUUUUAAAGUACAUACUUAGACCAGACUUUUAAUAAACAUACUGUGUACCUUAAGUUAAAACUUAAAUUUAGAGGAAGUUUAUAUGAUGAUUUAAUGUGUCAGACUCAACUCUGAAGGUGCCAUUUAUUCCUUAAUGUAUGAUAUUAAUUCAACAGUCAUAAUGAGGCCAUGUAGGUCACAAAAAACAAAACUAACAAAGGAAAUAAAUGCAGCAGUGCACAGUUUUUAUGUUUUAGUCUUUACACAAAAUGAGAAGAAAAUUUGUGUCUUUUCUUCUCUGUAAUCACUCUGUCAGAACAGAUGUUUUAACUCCUGCUUACUCAUGUUCAAUUGAUUGGACUAUACUUGGCAGUCAUGUUAGUCUUCUUGUACUUUGCACACUAGAUUUUAAUAUAUUUAAUUUUUCUCUGUGUAAUCGCACUGAUUAUCUGUUAAUCUGUGGAUCCCUCACCUGUGUGCCAUGAUUUUUCUCAGGGUUUCACACUCAGUUUUUUUUUAGACUAUGAUGCACUGAGACAAUUUAUGAAACCUUAAACCAGGUCAUUUUUUUUAACUAGCCUAUCAAUUCUGUCACUAUUCCAUAUAUAAUCCAUUACUAGGGAAGGUCUGUGGCAAAUAUCCAGUAGGGAAAAAUGGUUUACUUGAAAAUUUGGAAAAAAAAAGAAAAGAAAUAACAUUGAUAUAAGUUGCUCUUGUUUUGGAGCUUUCUUUAUACUCCAGUUACAUUCAUUUUAAUUAAUUUAUGAUGUCUGCAGCUCAUACCAACAACAGGUAUUAUAUUAUAAAUCAUUUUAUUGUAUUAGCAAUAUUUUACAUUCACAAAAGUAAAUUAGAAAUCCUUUAAUUUUUUUUAUAAAUUUAUGAAUGCAAACUUAGUAGCACUCAACUGACCCCAAAACCCUUAAAAACUGUUAAUAUAUAUGAAUUCUAUAAGAUAAUUGUCUAAACCACUGAACCCAUUUGGUUAAUUUAUUGUUUUUUUUUUGUUUUUUUCCCCAACACUUUAACCCCUGGCAUAUUUCUAGUCUUACUGUUUGUUAUUGCAGUUUUCUGAUUUAAAAAAAAAAGUGUGAUUUAUUAAGUAUGAUCCUGCCCCAACAGGUGCAACAAACCUUACAAGUGUCAAUCAUGCUCAGUCCGAACGUAUACACAGUCCUGACAGGUCUAAUCAGCCAAUUAAAAUAAAAAUAAAAUAAAAAAUCACCUGUAAAUCACCUGUGUGAGUUGACCAUGGGUGGUGGAAGACCUUUAAAUGAUUUGUUUCCUCUACUCGGUUUUACAUUCCUGAUGCAGUAUGUGUAUACUAUUAAACAGUCACUUGUCAAACAUUAGAAUUUCACUUACAGGUUGGGUGUAAUGACAGAUUCUUCUACAUUCAUGCAUAUUCCUGCUCAGUACCUACUUUGAGGACUUUGUUUGGUAUCCAGGGUAAGAGAGGAUUAUAGGAGAAAACAAAUCCUCAAAAACAUUUUGAGCCGUGUGUAAUGUGUAACAGUAAAACAUGUUUAAUAAGAAACAGGCAAUGAAGCCAAGAUGAUUUUUAGAACACUUGUCCAUUUAU